UGUGAUCGCUAGAAAUGAGGAAGGCGGAGGGGAAAUGCAAAAGAGAAGUGAAAGUUCCAUGCACCGGAAGUCCGCGUUGCCGUCGUAAUAGCCAAGUUGAAUGCUAAGUUGCGGGGCUGUUUCCCCUUCUGAACGACAUCGCGUAGAACGCCGCCGCGCUCUGACCUUGUGUGUGUGCGAAACUCAGCGUCGUGUGGUAGCGACAUCAUCCGCGGCAUUAUCUUGUUUGUUUGCAGCCAGAUUUAGUGUCAGAGUAGAGAUUUAACGUGCGAAGCGGCCGUACCCUGGAUGCCCUGGGAGCAUUGUUUGCUUGCUCGGUGUCGUGGCACGGGGAGUUGGUCGUUUGUUUGUGCGCUGUGGCUUUGGUGCUGGGUUUUGGCGAUGGGGUGGGAGAACGUGGAAGUGAUCUGGUGCAUGGCAGAGUGGAUGAAUGUAUAUGAGCUCGUUUGUGGGUGGAGUCUACUAGGUUAGCUUGCUGUGACAGGAGCUCGUCUUGUUGCGGGUAGCAUGGGUUGGGUUGAGCUUGGCUUGGACGAAGGAGUUGGGCGUUGCUGAGAACGGUAAGGUUUGGAUGGUUUUUUUGACCUUUUUUUCACUGCGGUGGUCGGGGUAUAAGAUUUGACUGAGCUGCGGAAAGAAGGGGUUGUCGGUAGAGUCGCCGCCUUCGGGCGAUGAAUAGUGUAGCUCAGGUUUGCAGGGGCUUUGUGUAAAGAAGUAUCACACUAGGACAAGAAUAGGAGGAAAGCAGAAGAGAUGGGUUUGAAGACUAAUCUUGUGUAUUAUGCAUCGGUGUCGAGGGACAAUGUUGUGCUUGCGGAGCAUCAGAAUUCGAAGGAGGAUCCGGUAACAUCAGAGGCUGCUGUAGGGUGCCUUCAGCAAGUGCCACCCUACCACAACCAGUUCACGUAUACGAUUAAGCAGCGGAUGUUCAUCUUUCUGAUAGACGGCGCAUUUAAAUACUGUGCAAUUAUAGACGAGGCCUUAGGGAAGCUUAAGGGCUUGGGGUUUCUAGAGCAAGUGAGGAUCGAGUUCAAGCGGGUUCUUCAUUCUCGCAAUAUUGAUGGCUAUCAAUUGGAAAGAAAUGCUUUGGUUAGCGAUUUUUCUGGGGUUUUCAAAUCUUUAGUGCGGCCUCUUGUGGGUGUGCCGCAAAAAGAGGUCGAUUUGGACGACGGGAACCACCAUGCAAUUUCCAAUGAUGAGACCGUCUUGAGCCCGUCCGAUUCUCCCCGGGCCGAACGUUCAAAUGGCGAUGGUGUGUCGCCGCUCACUAAGAGCAUUCAUCCGAAAACCGACAAAAAGGACCAUCAGCUAAAAUCGGGGUUUCUUACACAGGUCAUUCAGGUGAAGGAGAUUAUGAUGACGAAAAAAAACCAGAAAUAUGAAGGGGAUGGCACCUCCUCCAACAUGGAUCUCAACAACAAGAAGCUCAGGGCUCGGGAGUUGGCGUCCAAAAUGUGGUGGCGCAACGUGAAGUUUGUUUUGGUUCUCGAUCUCAUCGUUUGUUGCGUUCUGUUUGCUAUCUGGCUGGGCAUCUGCCGCGGGUUCAAGUGUGUACAUAGAUGAUAACUUUUGUGUCCUGAUACACAUUCUUUUCCAUCUUCAUGCAAUCAUCAGCUUGCUCCUUGUUAUCCUUCGUGACUAGACACAAGCUGGAGCCAAGGCAAUGGCGUUCUUUUAUUUACCUCAGCCACAUGUGUUAGGAUUUGAGAUCGAAAUCCAUCAAGAGUGGCCAGCUACUGAAGCUCUUCAAUCCUCACUCUCGAUUCACUGUUCGCACUAAAGAAGUUUAGUACGCUUGAAUUAGCGUCAGGACAUUGAGAGGAGAAUGUACAGAGGUGAAAGUCCAGGUAAUGCUAAAUAUGAUGCAGAAUUUCAGCGGCUUGCUUUCCACUGAAAUGAACCCUUUUCAGUGAGCAGAGUGUGAGGGUUUUAGUCGAGCCCAAUGGCUUAGAAUAUUUUAUCUGAGCUGUUCUACUGUACAUGUAGAGGCACUGAAUUCUAUGCUCGUCGAAGCACUCAGCAGCUGUGUCUGUGCUUGGGCUUUUGAUGACCAUCUUAUUUGAUCUUUACUCUAGAACGCCGUCUCCAUGUAGGAGCAUUUUCAUCUUUGAUAUACAAAGAUUUUUGUUGCAUUUUGAGUUUUAGGUGACAGCUUGUUAACUGUUUUUUCCA